AGCUCCCUGCCCUUUCCCGGUAGCCGUCCCGGUCCCGAUCCCGGUCCCGAUCCCGGUCCAUGUCGCGAUCGGGGGGCGAUGGCACCGCCGCGCUGGAGCGGGCCGGGGCAGAGACGGUGAAGCGGGCGGUGGAGCUGGACGUGGCAUCCCGGUUCCAGGAGUCGCUGGUGUGUUACCAGGAGGGCAUCGAUCUCCUGCUGCAGGUGGUGAAAGCCACGAAGGAUGAGGCAAAAAAGCACCGCUACCGGCAGAAGAUCUCCGAGUACAUGACCAGAGCCGAAGACAUUAAAAAACACAUUGAGAAAGAGAAACAAGAUGGCAAAUACCAUAAGCAAAUCAGGAUAGAGGAAAACGCAACGGGUUUUGGCUACGAAAAGCUUUUCCAUGAGUACCUUACUGAGGUUGUUUCUGAGGUUUGGGUGGAGGACCCAUACAUUAGGCACGUUCAUCAGUUGUAUAACUUUCUACGAUUCUGUGAGAUGCUAAUUAAGGGGCCGUGCAAAGUGAAAACAAUCCACCUCCUCACUUCCUAUGAUGAGGGUAGUGGGAGGAGUCAGCAGAUGAGUGGCUUGGAAGAAAUACAACAGUCAUUACGGAAUUAUGGAGUAUCACUGAAUAUUGAAUUUUCGUCUUCAAUACAUGAUCGAGAAAUCAGAUUCAACAAUGGAUGGAUGAUUAAGAUUGGAAGGGGUCUUGAUUAUUUUAAGAAACCACAGGGUCGUUUCAGCAUCGGAUACUGUGACUUUGACUUGCGACCUUGUCAUGAAACAACAGUGGAUGUCUUUCACACUAAACACACAAAGAAAAUGUAAUCAGAUAUGACUGCUUUUAAUAAGUGUUUUCAUAAGCAUAAAAAUGUAAGACUGGAAGACGUUGCUUGAGUCCAGCUGUCCACCCUCAGAAGCAACUCUUCCAAGUACUUAGUGCAGCACAGCUUUUAUAAUCUGUGGGUUUAAGAAUACUUGAGGCUUUUCAGUCUGAGAAAACACAACUGUAAAUUCCUUCAGUGUACUUCUUCUGUAAUCUUAAUUAAUACAAUCCAUGUCUAAAUUUUAUCUUGAUUUUGUAACAGACCCUCAAUAUUGUCUUUCAAAGGCCUCUUUACUGUCAUUUCUAUUUUUACUACUGAUUUUGUCUUGAGCCAAUUUUGGGGUUUAUAUCUCUAAUUGACCACCUCAGAAACAUUGGAAGCUGGGCUGCCACGUGUCCUCUUUUAUAAGCAGUCUUAUUUACUUCCUUUAAUUCCUGUAUUCUAGUCAUGACUACUAUUCUAGUGGGUUUUAGUCAAUCUCGUAAUACCUUAUUUCACAGACUUUACUGGUAACCCCAAAUUUAACAUUCCAUUUUCCAAGCCUCUUGCCUACAAGAGUUUUAGUGUUCAGUAUACAGUCAUUUUAGGGUUGUCUUACGUGUCUCUGCAUGAUGGAUUUUGGACUAGGAAGGCUGCAAACAGCUGUAUUCUCUUCCCUGUCACUCCUAUAUGUUCUUUUAUUCCAUGAUGUAUGGUCAUAUACCUGAUUUCCAUCCUUUGCAUUAGGUGUGGAGAGGAUGUAUGAUCUUCUCCCAGUCUUAUUCUCUGACUUUAAAGUCCAAUGACUGGCUACUCAUGCCAGUCUCAACUGCAUUUUUCCCUACUACUAUGGUAGUCCCCUAAAAAAACCAAAAUUUAUUUUUAAGUUCUUCCAAAAGUUGUAUACCCUGAAUAGCUCAGUUCGUCAGAGCAUGGUGUUAAUAACACAUUGUGGGUUCAAUCCCUGCACAGGCCAUUCACUUAAGAGCUGGAUUUGAUGAUCCUUGUGGGUCAGAGUAUUCUGUGAUUCUAAGGAAUAUGCUAUUUGGAGUAAAGACAAAGGCUUUCCUUGUCAUUCCUUCAUCCUUUGGAAACCAGAAGGUAUCACCUGAGCUGCUGCUGCUUUUUCUUCUUAAACAAGAGUUCUUUCUUAGCAAAAAUUCACCAAAGUCAUGUAUUCUGACAUGAAAAACAGGCAGUGGCCUCUUUUGCAGGUCCCAUCAAAAUCUUUUUAGCCUCAGGACUGAUAGGUGCCUUAUGCUUUCUGCUUCUGUAAUACAGUAGGCCUCUGUAUUCUAGUAGCAUGUUUAUAGAUGUAUUCUGUUAUACUUUUCUUUCCUUAAUGUGCUUUAUUAUUUUAUUUUCUAUCAUCUAAUGCUGCUAUUCUUUCCCUCUUGCCUAUAACAACAAAUCUAUUCCACAGAAAUCAAGAAGAAAUGGAGCUGGUCUUUACCUUAUUUUCUGGGUCACAAUUUGCCAGUGAUUUGCCUUCUUUAUCCUUUCUCAUAGUAAUGUCUCAGCUUUGGAGUGUUACAUCAGCAAAAUGAGUAAUAUAUGUGCCACAAAGCUGUGUGCUACUAGUUGUUCCCCCAGACAUUCCAUAGAAGCUCCUGGGCUUGCUGCUGUGAUACUAGUUUUCUAGUCACUGUUGUGAAUUUUAUUCACUUGUGUAUAAUAUAUGCCUAUUUUUAAUGGGAAUAAAAAAGAUUUUUUAUUAUUUGUA